AUGUCGGAGGACAUUGCGGUGACCAAGUUCCGCGAGUACCUUCGCGUCAGGACCGUUCAGCCGACGCCGGAUUACGAGGGCUGCGUCAAGUUCCUGUUUGGGUUGGCCGAUGAGUUGGGGAUUGAACGGAAGCGGUUUGAGGCCCAUCCCGGAAGGCCGUUCGUGUUGAUGACGAUCCCGGGGCAGGACCCGAGCCUCAGCUCGAUUAUGCUCUACUCACACACCGAUGUCGUGCCCGUGUUUCCGGAACACUGGAAGUACGACCCGUUCUCGGCACACAAAGACGAAAAGGGCGACAUCUACGCACGAGGAGCCCAGGACAUGAAGUGCGUGGGCAGUCAGUACGUCGAGGCCCUCCGCCGUCAUUUCCAGCGUGGACAGAAGCAAUUCCUGAGGACGAUACACAUCGUUUGGGGGCCAGACGAGGAGGUCGGCGGCACACUCGGCAUGGCCAAGUUCAUCGAGUUGCCCGAGUUCAAGGCGCUGAACAUCGGCUUCGCCCUCGACGAGGGUCUGGCCUCCGAGACGGAGACGUACAAGGUGUACUACGCGGAAAGGUGUCCAUGGUGGAUCCGAGUGACAUUCCCCGGCCAACCCGGCCACGGCUCGAAAUUCAUCGAGGACACGGCCGGCGAGAAAAUGCAAUCGUUCAUUAACAGCGCGCUGGCCUUCCGCGAGAAGCAAAAGGCACUCCUGGCGGCAGACACGCAGAAGACGCUCGGCGACGUGACCACCCUCAACUUGACGGUCAUCCAGGGCGGCGUGCAGACGAACGUGUUGCCCGAGAAGUUUGAGUGCGAGUUCGACAUUCGUGUCCCGCCCACGGUCGAGUUCGACGAGUUCGAGAAGGAGCUGAACGGAUGGGCGGCCAAGGCCGGCAAGGGCACCAAGAUUGAGUACAAGCAGCACACCAAAAUCAAGAACAUGACGCCGACGACGCGGGACGACCCCUUCUGGAAGGCGUUCGAGGAUACACUGAAUUCUGAAAACUGCAAGUUCGUCAAGGAGAUCUUCACCGGGGCCACGGAUUCGCGGUAUUUGCGUGAGAAGGGCCUGCGCUCGAUCGGCUUCUCGCCGAUGAACAACACGCCGUCGCUGCUCCACGACCACAACGAGUAUUUGAAUGAAAAGGUGUUCCUCCGCGGCGUCGAAAUCUACGAGAAGCUGAUCGCCGCCCUCGCCAGCGUCCCGAAGGAA